AGAUAACACAAGGACCACAUGGGAGACGUUAACUAGCUGCAAAAUUUUGAGGUCACUAAGAAGCCAAAACGGCACAACCACCAUAACAGUUUCACUCCUAAACGUAAAAUCUUCACUACUCAUGCAAAGACCCUGUUCCGCUCUUCAAUCCAACAACCUUCAUCGUCACCCUCUUCAUAAACCACAACCCACUUCCUUCUCACUCCAUCGUCUCUUCUCUUUCAAAACUUGAAAACAAUUUUGAACUGUGGAUAUUACGAAAAUGCCCCUCCUUCUUCCCAUGCUUUCCCUCUCCUCCACCAUCCCAACCCAAUCCACAUACCCCUCGCUCCAAUUCCGACGUCGAAACCGAUUUUCCACCCGCCGCUCCGUCAGAUGCUCCGCCAUCAUCGGCGGCGAGAGCGACGCGUUCACGGCGAAGUCAGGGUACCUGUUCGAGCUGAGUGCGAAGGAUGCGGACUCGCUGGCGGAGUACAGCAUAUCGAAAAUCGCCGCCAUUUAUUACCGGAAGCCUCUGCUUGUGGCUCGCCGGUUGGUUCAGACCGGACUCGCUUUCGGCAAGUGGUUUGGGCUCCGUUACCUUGACGCUCUCUUCGACCGCUCCGAUGACAUGUUUCAGGUUAGAGCUGCAGAGCUAAGGAACAUAUUAGUGGAACUUGGGCCGGCGUAUAUCAAAAUUGCUCAGGCUAUAUCAUCUCGUGCUGAUUUGAUACCACCAUCAUAUCUAGACGAACUCUCAUUGCUGCAAGACCGAAUAAGUCCAUUUUCCACUGAAGUUGCUUUCAACACGAUUGAACAAGAACUUGGUUUACCUUUGGUAGAACUUUUCUCCGAGAUUUCACCUGAGCCUGUAGCUGCUGCAUCCCUUGGGCAGGUUUAUCAAGCUAGGCUUCGCAAAACAGGACAGGUUGUUGCUGUUAAAGUGCAAAGACCAGGAGUUCAAGCGGCUAUUUCCCUUGAUAUAUUAAUUUUACGUGUUAUGGUGGGAUUGAUUAGGAGAGUUGGCAGGCUAAAUACUGAUCUUCAGGCAGUUGUUGAUGAGUGGGCUUCAAGUCUUUUUCGGGAGAUGGACUACUGUAACGAAGCAAGAAAUGGUGUGAAGUUCAGGAAGUUGUAUGGUUCUAUACAAGAUGUGGUGGUUCCUUUAAUGUACAUGGAUUACACAAGUCGCAAGGUCCUUGUUAUGGAAUGGAUUGAGGGGACAAAGUUGUCAGAAGUGAAGGAUCUCUACCUAGUUGAGGUAGGAGUUUACUGCUCAUUCAAUCAACUUCUUGAGUAUGGAUUCUAUCACGCAGAUCCACACCCAGGAAAUCUUCUUCGGACAUAUGAUGGCAAAUUAGCUUAUUUAGAUUUUGGCAUGACUGGUGAAUUCAAACAAGAAUUGCGUGAUGGAUUCAUUGAAGCUUGUCUACAUCUUGUAAAUCGCGAUUUUGAUGCAUUGGCUAAGGACUUUGUGACUCUUGGGCUUCUUCCACCGACCGCAGACAAAGAAGCAGUUACAAAGGCUUUGACAGGUGUCUUCCAAAAUGCUGUUGCCAAAGGAAUUCGUAAUAUCAGCUUUGGAGACCUUUUAGGGGACUUAGGAACCACCAUGUAUAAAUUCAAAUUUAGGAUACCUUCAUACUUCUCACUUGUCAUCCGAAGCCUUGCUGUACUGGAAGGAAUUGCAAUCAGCUCUAAUCCUGAGUACAAAGUCUUGGGUAGUACUUACCCUUGGAUUGCUCGAAAAGUACUCACUGACAGCUCCCCUCAGCUUAAAUCUUCUUUGGAGAAUCUUCUUUAUGAGGAUGGUGUUUUCAGAAUAGACCGUCUAGAGUCUUUGCUAGCAGAGUCUCUCCGUGCCAAAACAGAGAAGGCCUUAGUAAAGCAGCAAUCUGAAGGCACUGAUUCAAGAUUGGUUAUGAAGGAAAUCCUUUCUUUUACACUAACAGAGAAGGGUGAAUAUGUGAGGGGAAUAAUUGUUCAAGAAUUUGCUAAAGGUUUAGAUGCACUUGGGCUAGCAACCUUGGAAACAGCUUUUGCAAGAGUUCCUUUCAGUGCUUUCGUUUUUCCCUCUUUAAUGACUGAAGAAGAUAUAAUCAACUUGAGAACCUUCCAACGCCUCAUGCUACUACUAUCAGGGAGCAGCAGAAAAGAGAACUCCAAUACAGGAAACGGAAAGGCUAGUCCUUACCAGAAUCAAAUACUUAACAUGGAGGAGCUGUCCAUAGCUUCAAAUCAAAUUGGCUCCAUUCAAGACAUUCUUCCUAUUCUCUCUAUCAUUCCUGAGCUCUCACCAGAAUCCCAGCAGCAAUUGCUUCAAUUACCAGCUAACUUGGUUAGCCAGUUAAUAUCUCGUGCUGCUGCAAGAACUAUCAGGAGAGUGUUUUUGUGACAUGGAUGUGCACAACCAGCUGAAAUCUCUUUGGGCUUCACAGCUUCUCAAUAAGCCAAGAAGGUGACCCGAGAACUUUGAGACAUAUAAGAAUGUCGUAUGCCACAGUAAUUGUUUUUUCUUUCAAUUUUAUUUCUAUGUAAGUAUUUAUACCUAGUAAGGGCGACCAGCAAUGGUGACAAAAACUAGAAAUAAUAAAGGAGAGGAGAAAUGUACAGAAGCAAGUGAUCUUGACACGAACUAUAAAUGACAAAAGAAAAGAGUAAUCUUCCAAAUAGGAUUCAUCCCUUAAAACCUCA